AUGGACGUGCUUUUUGCUGCCUGUGAGUUGGGGGUGUUCGACCUGCUCCCCAAGGCCCCGGAGCCGCCUGGCUCAGCGGCGAUGGCUGCACGUCUGGCCACCGGCUCCCACGGGACGGAGCUUCUGUUGGACGCCUGUGCAUCCCUGAAGUUGCACCAAGAAGAAAUGCGGAGAGGAGAAGGUUUGUAUCCCAACACCGAGCUGUCCAGCACCUACCCGGCCAGGGCCAGCCCCACCUGCCAGUGCGACGUGCUUCUGUCCACGGCGGGGACCACCUACGGGUGCUGGAGGCACCUCAUGGGCUGUGGGCUGUGCGGGUCGGCAGGCUCCCUGGGCUGCCUUCCAGGCGGUGACGUCCUUGUAAUCGGAAGCCUCCUGGACGUGGAAGUGUGGGGACCCCCCACCACACAGCUGUACUAGCUCAACAUGCUGGUGCACAUGGGGGGCCGGGAGAGGACGUUCGCCCAGUUCCCCUCCUUCCUGGCAUCCGCUGGCUUCUGGAACCCCCAGAGCAGGGGCCCCCUGGGCAUCUAUGGGGCCAUCCUGGCCAGGAAGUUAGCCCCCCGUGGCUGCAGCUCCCACCCAGGUGCGAAGAGGUGGUCAUGCUGAUGCUUCUUGGUUUGGGCGCCCAGCCGGUGGCUCGGGGUGUUUGCUGACCGUUACCCCCUGCCUGUCACCUGGUGGACUUUGUCCUGUAUAACAUGCAUGCAACCCGUGACAUCGAUGUGCAUCAUGCGUAGGGCCCGCCAGGCUGCUUAAAGCCAAAUCCUUCCUGGGCGCAGCCUCGGCCAGGGAGGGGAGGCGGCAGGUUGACAUGCACCAGGGUCACUCAGCCUCCCACGCUUGUCUUAGAUGCAGCCACUGCAUGUGCCGGGGUGGACGUUUGUUUUCGCGGCCACAGCAUGGCAGGUAGA